AUGGCUGUGCCGUCAAGUAUUCCGACUGUGCUCGGUGCAUUAGCCGUAGCCACCACGACGGCUCUUGUGGCCCACGAACAGAAGGAGGCGAUUUUCGGUUCCAGCGUUGUUCCCUUCCUCACAGGUGCUGCUAUUACACUGGGCAUCGGGUUUACUGCCCAGCUCCUUUUCCUCAUCUUUACGCUGACCGUGGCUCGCUCAGCUGCUAUCAACGGCCGUAUGGUUCGGUCAGCUUCACUCGAGACGGGCCGCACCAACGGAGGUGUCAGUGGCAUCAGCAGUCGGUCCAACAGCAGCGGCAGCAAUAAUAACAUCAACGCCAGCACCCGAUCCACCUCAUCAACACGGGUCAAGUCUGUACCCUAUUGCCAGACCAACAGCCCUUCCAGUGGUCGAAAGGAGACAAAGGCUGCGGCCAUCCUCUCACGCGGUCGAAGGACCAGAGACGUUGAGGCUGAUCUCCGCACGCCGCCCGGAUCUAGUGUCGGCCGCUCAGAUACCAUGGCCUCCAUUCGGACGUCCUUUUCACAGGUCAUCCGCCCCAUUACAUCUAAGACCCGCUUGGUUUCACCGAACAGCGUCAGCAGCGGCCUGGUGGCCCACAGCGACACCAGCAUCAGUGGUACCAGCAGUCAACGCUCGUCAGCAUGGCGACCUAUUUCUCUGGCCGGCUCCUCUGCUUCCCCUGCAAGCACAUGCGCAUCUCGCGAGCGUGACGUGCGCCCGAGCAUUGAGGACUUUGAUUCUUGGGACACGUCCGCGGUGGACCCGCAGAACCGCCUGACUGUGCUCGAGAGCUCUACGUUACCAGCGGCCAUUGCCGGCCGUUUCUUGGAGACCAUACCUGCCAGCCCCACAACUAGCCGCAGCCCGAGCCCUGGAACACCUUUGGACCUUGAGCCGCCACGGUCCCGUCAGCGCCGGAGUCGCAGCUACAGCCCGUCUGCAUCGUCCAUGCACUCAGCCAGCGGAGCGCGCCUGCGGUCCCAAUCUCAUUCUCAGUCACCGCCGCCGCCACCUGGAGAGGCCCACAUCCACCCCCUCUUCCGUUCCGACUCGCCGACGCCUCCGCCAGCAGUGUCUGCCGGAACUGUUGUGACUGCCGCGCCGCCCAAUGCCAGCCAGAUGACUGUUACCGACGCACAGAGUCUGCGGACGUUGAACCGCAUGCGCAGCGGCAGUCUCCCGGCCGUCUCUAGUCCUCUCAGCCGCCAGGGCAGCUUCGACGACUUUGGCCCGCGACGCGGCGUGGCGCUUUCUGAGCGGCCGCACACUGGUAUCGGCAACGGUCAUGAGCUGCGGGAGGAGGACGGUGACAGCGUGGGCGUGGGCGCCGGCCACAACGACGAGGAGGAUGACGCGGACCGUCGGUCUCGUGCCGACACAAACACUGAGCGCAAGAUGACGCCGCCUAUCCCGGAGUGGAUUCUUAGUGCUGGUGCCCGCACAAGCUUGUCGGGUUACCAAAGCCGCAAGGUGCGAGUCCAAGAUGGCGCGCCCUGA